AUGUCUUUCGGGACUUACGACACAUUUUGCAUCAAUAAGUCGAACAAUACUGAGCUCUCAGAAGUAAUCAAUUCUAUGUUUCGAUGGUAUCGCAACGCGGAUAUAUGCUAUGUAUAUCUCUCUGACGAACCGUCUUUGCAACCUUGGGAAGAAGCAUUCUCAAGAUGUCGAUGGUUUACCCAAGGCUGGACACUUCAAGAGCUUCUUGCUCCGCCGCAAGUUGAUUUCUUCUGGUCACACGGCAAGAAACUCGGCAACAAGGUCAGUUUAGAGAGACUGCUUCAGGAAAUCACAGGUAUCCCAGCUCGGGCUCUCCAAGGAACGCCGCUAUCUGAAUUCAGCGUCGAGGAGCAACUAGCAUGGGCAACAAACCGGCAGACUAAGCGCGAAGAAGACAGGGCUUAUUCAUUGUUGGGACUUUCGAUAUUCACAUGCCCCUCAUAUAUGGCGAAGGGAGAACUCACCCUGGACAGCAUUGUAAGCAGCCUACUCGAUCAGUUACGGUACACUGACGAAGCGGCCUUCAAUUCAUCUACAAAGCAACAUGAUCCCCUUUGCCUUCCUAAUACUCGUGUUGACCUCCUUCAAGAAAUAUACAACUGGGGUAGUGGACAAGACGAGCGGUUGAUAUUCUGGCUAAACGGCUUAGCAGGCACAGGAAAAUCUACGAUUGCCCGGGCAGUCGCACGGACAUACUUCAACAAGAAGCUUUUCGGCGCGAGCUUCUUCUUUUCACGUGGUGGUGGAGAUGUUGGCCACGUAGGCAAAUUCUUCACCACUAUAUCGAAGCAGCUUGCGAAUAGCAUACCUACUCUUCACCAGCACAUCUGCAAUGCUAUUAAAGCCCGGGGCGAUAUCGCUAAGUUGUCAUCCCAGGAUCAAUGGCGCCAUCUAGUCCUUGGUCCUCUUUCGAGACUGGCCAACAAUUUAUGUCCCCCUAUGUUUACUGUUGGAAUUGAUGCACUUGACGAGUGUGAUAAUGAGAACGAUAUUCGGACCCUUUUACAUCUCUUGGCAGAAGAUCGAUUCCUAGAUAGAGCCCAGCUGCGAAUCUUUCUAACGAGCAGACCUGAGGUUCCGAUUCGAUAUGGGCUGUACCCGAUGCCAGAUCCAGCACACCGAGACUACGGACACCGAGACUACGUACUCCACAAUAUAUCACCACCAAUCAUAGACCAAGACAUCUAUACCUUCCUAGAAGAUAGUCUCAAGCGCAUCGGAUAUGAAUGCUCUUUAAAUGUUGGCUGGCCGGGCGAAGGAGUUAUUAAAUCUCUAGUUAAAAUGGCAAGUGGGUUGUUGAUCUGGGCUGCAACUGCUUGUCGUUUUAUCCGCGAAGGAAAGAAAUUCGCAACUAGAAGACCUAGCACUAUUCUCACAAGCAGCCGCAGUGCUGUCACUGCGCCGGAGAAAUACCUCGAUCAAAUCUAUAUCACUGUCCUCAAGCACUCCAUCUUCCCAGAUUACACAAAUGAGGAGAAAGAGGAGGUAUACCAUAUGUUAAGAGAGAUUCUUGGAAGCACGGCGCUUCUCUUCUCACCGCUCUCUGCAUGCGCUUUAAGUAGGCUGCUUGUCAUCACAAAGAAGGAUAUUUACCAGACAUUGGACGAUCAGCACUCUGUUUUAGAUGUUCCAAAGAGUGAUAAUCAGCCUCUUCGUCUUCACCAUCCUUCAUUUCGCGACUUCCUUCUCAGCCACAAACGAUGUGAGGACCAGAACUUCUGGAUACAUGAGAAGCAAGCACACCAAACGCUAGCUCGUAGCUGCAUACGGCUUAUACCAAUGUCUUCCUCCGGAAAUUCAUUAUGGAUUGCUCAGUUGCGUGAUAAUGAUCUGCUUGAAGCACUUGGCUGGAUGGGGAAGAUUUCUGAAGGAAUUCAUGCAAUAUCUUCCUUAGAGAAGAUAAUAAUGCAUAGGACGAUUGCAAUCGCUCCCCUGCAGAUAUACUGUAGUGCACUUAUAUUUACGCCAGAGAUGAGCAUAGUAAGAAAACAGUUUUCCUAUUGCAUACCUCGGUGGAUACGAAGAUCACCAAAGGUGGAAAGAGAUUGGACUGCGGCACUCCAGACGCUUGAGGGCCCUAGCAGUUCGGUCUCCUCGGUGGCCUUCUCUCACAACUCGACCUGGCUGGCAUCGGGGUCGUAUGACAACACUGUCAGGAUCUGGGAUGUGAGCAACGGCGAGUGCCUCCAGACGCUCGAGGGUCAUAGUAGCUCGGUCUCCUCGGUGACCUUCUCUCACGACUCGACCCGGCUGGCAUCGGAGUCGAACGACAACACGGUCAAGAUCUGGGAUGCAAGCAGCAGCGAGUGCCUCCAGACGCUCGAGGGCCAUACCGGUUUGGUCUCCUCGGUGGCCUUCUCUCACGACUCGACCCGACUGGCGUCGGGGUCGGGUGACUGCGCGGUCAAGAUCUGGGAUGUGAGCAGCGGCGACUACCUACAGACGCUCAAGGGCCAUAGCAGUUCGGUCUAUUCGGUGGCAUUCUCUCACGACUCGGCCCGGCUGGCGUCGGGGUCGUACGACAACACGGUCAAGGUCUGGGAUGCAAGCAGCGGCGAGUGCCUCCAGACACUCGAUGGCCAUAGCCGUCCUGUCUCCUUGGUUACCUUCUCUCACAACUCAAUCUGGUUGGCGUCAGGGUUGUACAACAAUACGGUCAAAAUCUGGGAUGCGAGCAGCGGCGAGUGCCUCCAGACACUUGAAGGCCAUAGCGACUGGGUCUCCUCGGUGGCCUUCUCUCACGACUCUACCCGGCUGGUAUCAGGGUCGUACGACAACACGGUCAAGAUCCGGGAUGCAAGCAACGGCGAGUGCCUCCAGACGCUCGACGGCGAUAGCAGUUCGGUCUCUUUGGUAGCCUUCUCUCAUGACUCGACCCGGCUGGCGUCGGGGCCGGGCGAUUACACGGUCAAUCAAGGCCUAGCUGUAAGUACAAAUGGGGUAUGGAUAACAUAUAAUUUAGAGAACCUAUUAUGGAUGCCCUCAGGGUUUCGGCCGUUACGUUUCAUAGUAUCAGAGAAGGUGAUUGGUAUUGGUACUACAGGUGGAAAGGUGUGGACAUGUCAUUUUGAGCGUAACACAUCCUAA